UUCACUCGUAGUGAAUGUCAGCUGGUUGAAGAAGAAGAAGUAAAAAUGGUGGUGUGGAGUGCGCUAAACCGUGGAUUUAGCCAAAUAAAUCCAAUUGUGCCUCUUUUGCUGGCCCAAUCUAGCAAAAGGAUCACUCAAAAUGUGAUCCAGAAGCGUUUCAUGUCCGGAGGGCAUGACCGGACGAUGUUCAUUACCCCUUCCCGCUUCCAGUGGCACAAAUUCAAGGAUUUAAUCCAUUUCUACGUGAUGCUGGGCCUUAUUCCUAUUCUGGGCAUUGUUUUUUAUUCGAAUGUCUUCAUCGGUCCGGCCACUCUCACGGAGAUCCCUGAGGGCUAUGUACCCAAGCAAUGGGAAUACUACAGGCAUCCCAUAACGCGAUUCCUCGCAAAAUACCUCAAUACAACUCCUCAGCAAGAAUACGAAAAAUAUUGCCAUCAUAUCUACGAGGAGAAUCAGAAGAAACAACUCCGAGCACUUGAGAAUCGUGUGAUGGAACUGAUGAGGGAGCGCAAUGACUACCAGGCCUACUACUACAGACAGGUGAUUGCCAAGUACUACAGAGUGGCCAAGAAGGCCUCUACGGAUUUGGAGGAAGUCUACGGCGAUCAAUAGAGAGAAACAUCUCGAUUUAGAAUGUUUCAGAAUGUAUAGAUUAUUUAAUAAAUUUACUGGGUUAACCCCAA